GAUCUCCACACUGCAUAAACUCCACAUCAUCAUCUGUUCUUCUCAUCUCAGUACAUGAAACACAAACUUAGAUGUUCAUGUUAUAAGUUAUAGUGUUGGACUUUAUUCACUCUUAUUUCAAAACUAGCACAGUAAGGUACAAACCUGGAGAACACAAACUGCAUUGUCCUUGGAACUGUGUUGAAGAUGAAAUGAGAAGCUGCUGCUCAAGUGAAGGACUCACACUACAGUGUAGACUCUCAUCUUUCAUUAGUCGUGUUUACGCACAAAGAUUUUUACCAGUCUGAAUGAAUUCAGCCAGACUGCAGAUUCCUAAUGAACUAUUUCUAUGUGUCCUAAAAUGGACUAUUUUCACUUAUAUGCUUGUUACAUGUGAUCUGAUCCAAAGCUAUCUUGGUGUAGUGUUAACAUCAGAAAAGUGAUUAGCACAGUUUCCAACUACACAGCUGGUAAUGCUAUUACACUGUUAAAUAAUGUUAUUAUUUUAAAUGGAGAGUCCUAGUUGAUAUCACACAAACCCUCUUUCAAUUAUUUUAUUAACAUGAACUGUUUUCUAUGCAUUUUAUUACAUGAUUCAAACUCACAUGUUCAGAACACACAAGCUGAAUCCCAUAAAGAAAAUAAUCACACCACUGACUGUCUAUAAGGGUGGACAUCAUACCAGGGGUUUAAAUGUGAAGCCAAAAUGCCUCUGACGCCCUCUAGUGGCUGUCUGCAGUACAAUUAUUAACCCCUCCAGUUCCCAUGUUAGUGAAUGGAACAUGAGCCAACUCAGUGUCAGCUUGCUAGCAACUGGUGUCUCUAUAAACCAUGAGUCAAAGCUCUAAAACUUUUUCCUGUAAGUAAUAAUAUUAUACAUGUGUAAAUUAUAUGACUACAGUUUGAAAUGUUAUAUAUUUAUUAAUAGCGCUGUAUUUACCACUUUGAGUUAACCGAUGCAGUGUUUUGAGACAUACUUCAGCUAAAAAUCUCACAACAUAUGUACAAUGUCCAUCAGCAUUAUGUGCUCAUUAUUAAAAUAUGCUCAGUAUUUUUUACUUUUGUUUGCAGUGUUUUUUUCAACAGCUGAUAACAGAUCUGUGUUACUGCACUGAGAAAAAUACCUCAUACCCAAGUAUUUAAUUAUUUAAAUAUAAACUACUAAUAAACUACUAAUAAUGAUUUACUAUCCGUUGUUAUGUUUUAUAAAAUUCUUUAAAAUUGUUGAUGAUUUUUGUACUGAAAGCACGGAGUGAAGAUUGUUUAGCAGCUGUUCUGGCUGUUUUUCACAUUGUAUUGUAUCUAACAUCAAAUUUCUCUCCGUUGUUUUACAUGACACCUCUCCCAGAGGUAAGUAACUUCAUUUCACACUAAUGCUAAAAGCUGAUAUUUUUUAAAUGUAUUACCCAUAUUGCAUUUUACAUAUGUUACAUUUUAAUACAGGAAUCAAAUAGAAACAUAAAAAAACAUUUUCAGAUCAGUUUAUGUGAAGGAGUCUGAUCAGUAGGUGAGAUUCCACUUUCAUCAGUCAGCUUCUUUCCCACAAUGCUGUGGGAAAAUGCAUUGGGUGUACCUGUGACAUUGUUUCAAAGCAGCUUUACAGGAAUAAGAGAACAUGGAAAAAGAUUAAAAAUCAAAUUUAAAUUUAUCUCUAAUGAGCAGGCCUGAGGCAAGGAAAGACUCCCUGACAUGAUAUGAGAAAGAAACCUUGAGAUGAACCAGGCUUAGAAGGGAACCCAUCCUUAUUUGGAUGACACCGGACAGUAAAUAAUGUGAAUAUAAAUGUCCUUCCUACAGCUUUUUAUAGUCAAGUGGAAUUAUGCAACUAAGAGCUCCUGAGCAACUACUGGGUCACUGUAAUUUCUGAGUUCAUUAUAGACAUGUUCACUGAUGAAAACCUGAGCACAAAACUUCAAGAUGUCAUAAUAGUCUCCAAGUGGUUCUAUCUACAGCAGUCCCUUGGGUCACAGGUUGUCCACAUCGAGCCAUCCCCAGCAGCAGUGUGGACCAACAAACGAUGAGACUCCAACCAGAAGUUGCAUGUUAAAAUGGAGAGGCAUGUCCGGAAAGAAGAAGCAGUCACACUGGAAACUCAGAAUACUGGGAGCUCGAGAGUAGCACAUAUAGCUUGACAGUGACAGGUGGAGAGAGAGAGAGAGAGAGAGAGAGAGAGAUUAGGUGUGCUUAUAAUAAUGUCAUGGUUAAAGACUAUGUAUAUUAUGUGCAAAGUCAGGCAGGGACUCCGGAAAGACUAGCAAUGACAGCGUAACUGAAAGGAGAAGCUAGUUGACAUACAUGAAGAUUUCCUGGGACAUAAAGUGUCCAACCACUCCACAGUCAGUAAACCUGAGCAACUUGAUGAAAUGAGUUUCAAAUGAGAGACCACAGUCAGUAAUCACACCCAAGAUUUUCUAUUGCACAUGAUUUAAUAGAAAGACCAUCCAGAGUUACUCUUUACGGAUUGAUAGAGAAAAAAAAACAUAAUGAGCUCAUGCAUCUUCCCAAAUCUACUUCAUCAUAUCACGUCAUAACCAAUAACCAGCUGUGUUUUAACCAGAAUAAGUUACUUUCCACAUUUUCACAUGGAAAAAUUCACAUUUGUAAUCGUGCAUAAAAUCUUUACUCUGUGUUAUUUAAUUUCACAGGCUCUACUGAGACGUGAGUAUAAAUCUCUGUUAGUGAUGUCUUGAUGCUGCAUGAAUAAUAUAUUUAUUGUACAGAUGAAAUAGAUUAGACUGUGCUGUGUGUUCAGAGUGCAAUAGCACAUAGAUAUAUGAGCAUCAUGAGCAUAGUGUAGUGAACACAACAGACUGUGAUCUCUGGCAGAACAUUCAUCAUGCUGUUGUCUAGUUUAUCAUUUAGUGUUGUACAGACACAGAAAUCUGACCUACACACUGAUACUGAGAGCUAAAAAGCUGAAUGUUUAGCACUGAGAAGCAAAGCAACACACAGUGCUAGGUAAUAAUGGGCUGCUAGUUUGUUAUGUAAACUGUGUGAUGUGUUUGAAUGAGUGCAGUCAGAAUGAUCAGAGUUACACUGCGACAUCGGAGAUAAGACUGCUGCAGAAUCAGACACAGUGUGAGCUAGCUGGCUAAUGCUAGGAAAAAGACUAGCUCUUGUUGAAAGUAAGAGGUUUUGCUCUUUUACCUUGUGCUCAGACACUGUAACAGUCACACUGAUGAGAACAGAAAAAUAUUUUACACAUGAUGACAAUCCACCAUGUAUACUGAUUAAACAGAUAUGAUUCAAGAGAUUAUCUGUGUGAAGCAAAAAAGGAAACUGCUCAUGAUCCAAAUCAAAGCAGCUCUUCUGUGAAACAUGGAGACAUGGACAUUUAUGGAAUACAGUGGAACGUGUCUUAAUUUUUCCCUGAUUCAGAUAGAAAUGUGAUUAAAAUAUGGUGAUAUUCAGCAUUUUCAGCAUUAUGGUGAUAUUCAGCAUUUUCACUUCAUAUCACUUCAUUUCAUUUGGAGUGUUUUAUUCAACAGCUGAUCACAGAUCUGUGUUACUGCACUGAGAAAAAAUACCUCAUGAUGUUCUUUAUUAUUUAAAUGUAAACUAUUUAUCAUGAUUCACUGUCAGUGUUCAUCUGUUGUUAUAUACAAAAAAUUAUCUAAAUUGUAUCUGAUGAUUUUUGUACUUAAAGCGCAAAAUGAAGCAGCUGUUCUGACUGUAAAUCAUAAGUUUUUCUCAUUGUAUUUUAUCUAACAUUACAUUUCUCUCUGUUGUUUUACAUGGCACCUGCAGCAAGGUUUCACAAACAGGAUCCACAGAUGAGAGAACUGAAAGAUUCACCAUUAUAUAAGGACAUCCGUGUUUGUCAUAGUGACAGAGAAUGGACAGAAGAUGAGAGGAAAAAAAUGGAGGAAUCUGCUCUACUAACUGAACUGGAUGGAGCAAAUAGACAAUUAGAGAAUAAAGAAACACAGCUGAAGAACACAGAUAAAGAGCUGGAAACCAGUAAAAAUCAGCUGGCAACACUGGGACAGGAGCUGCAGGACAAACAGAGACAACUACAGGAGAUGAUGAUCGUAGUGGAGCAACAGAAAGCUGAUUUAGCAGAAAAAAACAAAGAACUUGAAGAGAAAGAGAGUCUUCUAACUGAGAGAGAGACACAGCUAAUGGAAAGACACAAACAGCUUCAGGAAAAAGACAGACUUCUGACAGAAAAUACACAAACACUUCAGAUGAAGGACAAGACACUGGAAAAGAAGGAGAAACAGCUCAGAGAGAUAGAAGAAGAAUUAAGAAAAACAAAUAUGACAUUACAAAAGAAUCAGACACAGUUGAAAGACAAAGAGAGACAAGUGGAGAGUGUGGUGAAAGAACUGGAAACCAGUACAAAUAAACUGGAGACACUGGGACAGGAGCUGCAGGACAGGCAGAGACAACUACAGGAGAUGAUGAUCGUAGUGGAGCAACAGAAAACUGAGCUGACAGAAAAAAACAAAGAACUUGAAGAGAAAGAGAGUCUUCUAACUGAGAGAGAGAGACAGCUAAUGGAAAGAGACAAACAGCUUCAGGAGAAAGACAGACUUCUGACAGAAAAUACACAAACACUUCAAAUGAAGGACAACAAACUAGAUGAGAAGGAGAAACAGCUCAGAGAGAUGAAAGAAGAAUUGAGAAAAACAAAUAUAUCAUUAGAAAAGAAUAAGACACAGUUGAAAGACAAAGAGAGACAACUGGAGAGUGUGGUGAAAGAACUGGAAACCAGUAAAAACAAACUAAUAGAAAGAGAUGAACAGCUUCAGGAGAAAGACAGACUUCUGACAGAAAAUACACAAACACUGCAGAUGAAAGACGAGACACUGGAAGAGAAGGAGACUGAACUGGAAAAAACAAUGAAGGAAUUAGAAGACAGUCAGCGACACAUGGAAGAGAAAUACACACAACUAGAGAAUCUGAACAUACUGCUGAAGGAGAAAGAAACACAGCUGAAGAACACAGAUAAAGAGCUGGAAACUGGUACAAAUCAACUGGAGACACUGGGACAGGAACUGCAGGACAAGCAGAGACAACUACAGGAGAUGAUGAUCAUAGUGGAGCAACAGAAAGCUGAUUUAGCAGAAAAAAACAAAGAGCUUGAAGAGAAAGAGAGUCUUCUAACUGAGAGAGAGACACAGCUAAUGGAAAGAGACAAACAGCUUCAGGAGAAAGACAGACUUCUAGAGGAGAAAACAAAGCAGCUGCAGGAACAAACAGAUCCAGAAUCAUCAGCCCCCAUCAGGAGAAGAAACAGCAAGGACUUGUUACUUCCAGAAAUGAGUGGAGAGACUCAGGACUCAGCACCAAUCAGGAGAAGAAACAGUAUGGAGGGAAAACAUCCAACAUUCGGCAGAGAAUCAUCUAGUCCUCAUUCUCCAGCAUUAGUUCCUGUAGCAGAACUGAGGCUGGUGGUGCUGGGGAGGACAGGAUCUGGAAAGAGUGCAACAGGAAACACCAUCCUGGGCAGAGAGGAGAAGAACCAGGCUGCUACAUCUACAGCUAUAUCUACAGCCACUCAGCAGAGUGAGAGCACACAGGGGGAGGUGUCUGGGAGGAAGGUGACUGUAGUGGACACUCCUGACUGGUUCUCUCCUGAACUCUCUCUGGAAAAGCUGAGACAGGACGUGGGACUCUGUGUCCAUCUGUCUGCUCCAGGACCCCACGCCUUUCUCCUGGUCAUACCUGUAAUGCAGCCUACAGGAGAGGAGAGAGGGGUGCUGGAGAAAAUGGAGGAGAUCUUUGGAGAGAGAUGUUGGAGAAACACCGUGAUCAUAUUCAGUGUUACUGAUGAACUUCAGAAGAAGAACAUUGAGGAGUUUAUCCAGUCAGGAGACCAGGAGGUCCAGAGACUUGUAGAGAAAUGUGGGAACAGGUUUCACUGUCUCAACAUUAAGCAGAGUGGAGAUGGUUCUCAGGUCUCAGAACUGCUGGAGAAGAUAGAGAAGAUGGUGGAAGGAAGCAGAGAUAAAUUCUACAGCAGUGACAUCUACCUGGAAACAGAAUCUCAGAUUAGAGCCAUGGAGACUAAGAUCCUGAAGGAAAGAGAAGAGAAACAAGUGAGAGAGGAGAUGGAUAUGAAAGAAACAAUAAAGAAGGAGGUGCAGGACUCUCUGAGAAAGAUAGAGGGAGUGAUCCAGGAACAUGAAGGGGACAUCAGACAACUUGAUGACCGAACAACUGAACUGGAGAGAAAAAUGAAAGAAGAGAAGGAUGAAGAGAAAAAGAAAGAACUUGAGAGAGAGCUAAAACGAGAGGCUGAGCGAAGGACAGAAAUGGAAGAAAAGGUGAAGAAACUAAAAGAAAAGAGAGAGAGGGAAAGGAGAGAGAUGGAGGAGAGGCACAGACAAGAGAUGGAGGAGAUCAGGGAGGUGUAUGAAGAGAUACAAAUGGAGACAGAGAGAAAGCUCAUGACGAUCAUCCUGCCUGAACUCCAGAGAAAUAUUUUAGCCUCAAAAACAAAGAUGCAGGAAGAUUUCAGCAGACAGAUGGAGGAGAAGAACAGAGAGCUGGAGAUUCUUAAACAAAAAUUUUUUGAGGUCACAGAACAUCUCAGUCUGCUGAAAGAAAAGUGCACUAUAACUGUUUUGAGCUUAACAGAAAAUAAGUGAGUUUAUUGAAUGAGAAGGAGAAUAGACUAAUAGACUGAGAGGGUCAUGGAGGACAUUACCACUUUACUGAAAAGCUGAAAGUACAUUUAAAGGGUUUAAUGGUACACUGGUUUGACCCUUUGAUGAGGAAACCUGAUGCUGCAACACCACAGAUGUAUAAAGAGCAAACCCACAAGACUAAAUAUUUAAGUUUUACAAAAAAAUACAGUUGCCAACACAACAUUAGUAAGGAAUAAUAGAAUAAAAUAAUACAUUUUAUAUAAGAUAAAAAUAAAUAAAAAGAAAUCUCUGUCAGCUCGCAUUCAAGUGCGUCCAUAAUAGAUAGAUAAACAACUAGCGCAUCAACACUGCUACACCAAACACGAUAUUAGCGCCCAGCCAAACCAUUAGAGUCAUGUUAGUGCAAGAAGAAUGAGAAAUUUAUCCUCUUAGUCAGCUAGAAAAAAGGGCCCCAUAUUUUACCAAAUGCAUUAGGAGAACCCCUUAAUGAAAGUGUAAUCUUUUUCAAUUUAACAAAAAAAAACAAAAACAAAUGAUAUCUCUAAUCCAUUGAGAAAGAGAGGGAAGUUUUACUGAUUUCCAGUCAGGGACAUAUAUAUAAAAUCAUAUUUCUCUCUUCUUCACCUGUCAUUUCUUCUGCUCAAGUGUUACAAAAAGAACUGUCUUCACCAUGGUGCAAAACAACCAACUCAUUGUAAUUAGGUUGUUCAGAAAAUAAAAAAAAUAUGUAUGUAUGUAUGUAUUUAUUUACUUAUUUAUUAAUCUUAAAAUGACAUAGAUACCAAGAAUUUCACAAAACAAUAAAUUUCAUCCACUAUGUUAAAAAAAAACCUCUUACUGUCUCCACCUUCAUUUUUAAAAAAAGAGGAAUUUUUUUUUUAAAUGUCACAAAUGGGCAGACAUAAUUUUCUUAAAUGUCAAA